AUGUACGAACACGAUUAUGAUGGCAUGCUUUCCAAAGGAAAACGACACUUGGGAAAAACACGAUGGACACGCGAGGAGGAUGAGAAGCUGAAGAAAUUAGUAGAACAGAAUGGCACAGAAGAUUGGAAGGUUAUUGCUAGCUUCCUCCCAAACCGGACAGAUGUUCAGUGUCAGCAUCGGUGGCAGAAAGUUUUAAACCCUGAACUUAUUAAGGGACCAUGGACCAAAGAAGAAGACCAGCGGGUGAUAGAACUAGUACAGAAAUAUGGCCCCAAGCGGUGGUCUGUCAUUGCCAAGCACUUGAAGGGGAGAAUUGGCAAGCAAUGUAGAGAGAGAUGGCACAAUCAUCUUAAUCCAGAAGUGAAGAAGACCUCCUGGACAGAGCAAGAGGACAGAAUCAUAUAUGACGCACACAAACGCCUAGGAAAUAGAUGGGCAGAAAUUGCCAAACUUCUUCCUGGGAGGACGGAUAAUGCUAUCAAGAACCACUGGAAUUCUACUAUGCGACGCAAGGUUGAACAGGAAGGUUAUCUGCAGGAAUCAUCGAAAACCAACCAGCCUUCUGUAGCCACAAGCUUUACAAAAAACCCCUUAAUGAGCUUCACAACUCACACUGCACCUUCUGCACAACUUGCUCAAAACAGCCAAGUCCCUAGUUUCUACUACCAUCUGCCCGAGCCACCAAAUGUAAAUUCACAGGCACCUUAUCCUGUAGCACUUCAUGUAAAUAUAGUUAACGUCCCUCAACCAGCAACUGCUGUUGUCCAGAGACCCUAUAAUGAUGAAGAUCCAGAAAAAGAAAAGAGGAUAAAAGAAUUAGAGUUACUACUUAUGUCAACAGAAAAUGAACUGAAGGGACAUCAUGCAAUACCAACACAGAACCAUGCAGAAGAAUAUCCCGUGUGGCAGAGCACAACAAUUGCUGACAACUCUAGGCCCCAUGGUGACAGUGCUCCUGCCUCUUGCCUUGGGGAACCCCAUAACUGUACACCUUCUCCUCCGUUGGACCAUGGGUGCCUUCCAGAAGAAAGUGCUUCACCAGCUCGGUGCUUUGGUGUAAAUCUGUUAAUACAGAUGAAGAAUAUGCCUGAAUACAGUGAUACUUUGCAGUAUAUUGAUUCUUUCUUGAACCCGGUGUCAGCACAUGAGGGGAUGCACAUCGAGCAACCAACUCUAAGCUCCACCCCAUUGUGUUCUUCUUACAAGACCGCCAUCACCACAUCUAUUCACCGGGACCACGCACCGCGACUACAGAAAGAAAAUCACAUCCUUAGGACACCAGCAAUAAAACGUUCAAUUUUGGAUAGCUCUCCAAGAACACCUACUCCCUUCAAAAAUGCGCUAGCUGCUCAGGAGUUCAAAUAUGGGCCACUGAAACUUUCGCAUCACACCCCCUCACACCUUGCAGAGGACCUUCAGGAAGUCAUCAAACAGGAGUCUGAUGAGUCUGGCAUUGUACCUGAGUUUCAUGACACAGAGGAACCUCUUCUAAAGAAAAUAAAACAAGAGGUAGAGUCUCCAACUCAUAAGAUGGGAAGCGUCUACUGGGAACAUGAUAACCUUAUGGCACAGCUAUUCACACAGCACAAUAUUCUGGAAGAUACUCCAAAUCUUCUUACCAGCUCUUUGCUGAUGAAACCAAUGUCUGAUAAGGAGGAUCACAGACUGAGGUCUUUUACUGCUCAAAGGAAUAGAUUAUUUUCAAGCCCUUUACAGGUAGUUUGUUAUUAA